CUCAAACUCAGCCUCUCUUCCACACAAUCACCUCUUGAAAGGAGCUGUGCGCCGCAGUUUCUCCCACAUUUCCGUCUUUCUCAGUUUCACAGGAAUUAAAUCAGCAGCACCCAUUUUGCAACAAUCUCUCGCAGGUAAUGGGUGCAGCCAAUCAACAAGCAGGACUUACUUUAACACUUGUGACUAAAGGGCCAACUCACACCACAACCGGGAUGAUAUCAUCUGACGGCUGGCAAUCAUUCUAAAGUGGGAAGACUGCAAAUAUAAGCUAAUAAAAGCCUUAAAAAGACUCCACCUGGAUUCCUUAACACUCUUGUACUCUGACCUCACCUGGCUUAUCUCUUAGGCAAAGAAGACUUUCACCGUUAACACACCUGGAGGGCUCUGCAAUGCAAGAGGGAGUUUACACUGGGAAGGAUUAGCAAAAAAAAAAAAAAGAAGAAGAAGGGAUCAAAUGUCCAAGGACUGAAAACACUCCCCUAAGCAGCAGUACAGACAAAGAGCUGCCAAUGAGAUCUCCUCUGUAACCGUUGGAACAAGCCUGAUCAUGUCAAGGAAGAGUUUGUCAGGGUGUGCAGGUAGACCCUGCCUUGUUUCCUGACAGAGACGUGUGUGCAUGUGUUGGAUUCAAAUGUCCUGCAUUUGCUCAGCAAGACAGAUGGAAUCAUGCUCAUGAGCUUCAACACUUGCUGAGGAUCCACUGUCAAACAAAGAAGGAAAUACAAAAGGAUACAAAGACUGAGGAUAUAUUUAAAGGAUAAAUAAAAACAUUUAGGUCUAUCUCAACCAGAUCUGCCAAGAUGCCACUGAGAACAUCGUUGUACAGAAAGCCAUCCUCCGGUCGUUGGCCCGGCAGGAACUCCAAGCGCAGGGAGGUGCUGUCCGUCAACAUGAUUAGCCUACCACUGGCUGAUUUCCGCCACAUCUCACAUAUUGGCAACGAUGCUCAGAGAGACAGCUUUGGAGACCUGUCCUUCUUAAAGAUGGGCCACAAUCUGCUUCUACAAAGCUCCCAGAGUGAGCAGAAUCUCUUCAUGGCCUGCUCUCCGCCACCAAAGCCCCCUCGUCUGAACCUGGACGAGGCGGACGGCUCAGAGAGCCCUGACUGGCGUGCAGGCCACCUGCACAACACGUCUCAGAAGAGAAAGAAAUGCAGCUCUAUGCCGCUGCUGGACAGCGAGGACAAAGAAGUGGAGAUGGAAAAGGAAGAUGGGUACCAGAGAGGGAAUAAUGUUGCUACCAAUCAGGCUGGCAGGCUUGGACGGGGCAGCUUGAAUUCAGACAGGGAUGAAGACUCCGCAGAGAUCUGUGACAAAACUGUCAGACAGCAUAAGGAGGAGGACAGUGGCUUUUCAUUCAGCCUCGACCUGGGCCCUUCAAUCCUGGAUGAUGUUCUCCAGGUGAUGGACAAACUCCACGAUUAGACAACGUAGCAGCCAGGCUUUACUACUACUAAUUCAACACCCUUCUUUGGGACUCUCCUGAGUUUAUGGACAGACCAAGAUCCUAAAGCAAUGGUUAUCACAGAAAUAAAUCUGGAGAUAUGUGAUUUUAUGAUCCCUGGGUACCAAGUAUAGACAAACAACUUUUAGUGAGAGCUUGUCUCAACAAAAGUUUUAAUGGAGUUAAACUACGACACUGAAAAGACUGAGUUUCAGUAAAACAUGUUACUUAAUGCAUCUGAUAUCACAGCACCUUUCUAGGAAACAGAGCUCAUAAUUCAAUGCAACUUUAUUUAUGUAACUCUUACCUUUUUAUAAAGCACCACAUAUUGUGUCUAUUGCUAGCUGUGGUCCACAACAUUUGUCCUAAGUAAACAUCUUGUUUGAGAGGUUAAACCAAAAAAAGGCCAAUGACACAAAGUUAAUGUUCUCCUUAGAAACUGGCCCUUGCAGGGGUGGAUACAAUCUUUAAGUUAAUAUUUAAACUCUGUCGGAUGUCAAACACCAAGCUGGACAUUUUCACCUUCUUUUACUUUCCUCUUUUGCUAUUGUAAUCCCCCCCAAACCACACGGCACAGCACUGCAGACGGCUGUUAAGACUUAAGAGUGUUGUGUUUAAGAAAAGAAAAGCUGCGGCUGGAAUCCAAGGUCCUCGAGCUGUGAUGUCUUGGCUCUUGGCGUGCUUGCCAAUCCAUUGUGUGCAGAGGGCAAUUUUUGCUCCGCACGCAUCCCAGAGGCCCCACUCAAAAGGUAGACCAAGGUACCCCCCAUCUCUCAUUCCCAACAAUGCAGUGAAAACAAACACUUAGCUCUGCUUCCAAUAAAAGCCAGCCAGUGGUGGCAAGUUGGGCAGCAGACCAAACCAGGCCACAGGUCCAAGACCUCAGACGAAAAAAAAAAAAAAAGCAGGCUGUUUUCUUAGCUGCAAAUCAGAGUGCGAUGCUCUGGUGAGUGGCGCACGAGAAGGAAAGUGGUAAAGGGUAACGUGAUACUUCCACAUAUGCGGGGGGUGUCGAGGGAGGAGGCCCAGAGACAUCCAUUACUGCUGCAGAAGUCCUGAUGAGGGUUUAAACACUACCUUCUGACCAAACAGACCCGCAAUACAUGAAAAAAGCACACUUGAAUCUCACAUACACGGGGGGAGGAACACACAUGUACUGUAUGUAUAUGUAAGUACACGUCGGUAAACUGAGAUUUCUGCAGACAAUCUAGGUCCACUUCCCUCAGGUCUGGAGAGGAGAGUGGGGACAGAAGCCUCGGUCUGCGCCUUAGUGGGGGGUUGCCAGGAAAGGCUGUGGGGCAGGCGAAUUCCUAACUUCCCCACGGGUCAUUCUGCAAAAUAUACCAACCACAAAUGUCCCACUUCUAGCAAUAGAUUUAGAAUUCUAUGUAUGUCCAAACAGAAACAGCAAUGUUUGUGGGUACGUCUGCACUGUAUAUCUGUUCUGCCAUCUCUCAUUUUAAAGUGGAUAUCACUGACCAUUUUUCUUGUGUAUGUUAUGACAAUAACACAUUGUGAAACAUUUUUUGCAUUGAAAGAUGUACUGUUAUGUAUUUUGGGGAAGUAAAGAAAAAUAUCUUUCAUA